AUGAGUGCUGCCUUUGCAAGGAGUGCUGCCUUCGCAAAGAGUGCUGCCUUCGCAAGGAGUGCUGCCUUCGCAACGAGGGCUGCCUUUGUAGGGAGUGCUGUCUUCGCAAGGGGUUUUGCCUCCGCCAGGAGUUCUGCCUUUGCAAGGAGUGCUGCCUUCGCAAGGAGAAAUGCCUUCGCAAGGAGUGCUGCCUUCGCAAGGAGUGCUGCCUUUGCACAGAGUGCUGCCUUUGCAGGGAGUGCUGCCUUUGCACAGAGUGCUGCCUCCGCAAGGAGUGCUGCCUUUGCAUGGACUGUUGCCUUCGCAAGGAGUGCUGCCUUUGCAAGGAGUGCUGCCUUCGCAAGUAGUGCUGCCUUCGCUAGAAGUGCUGCCUUCGCUGGGAGUGCUGGCUUCGCAAGGAGUGCUGCCUACGCAGGGAGUGCUGCCUUCGCAAGGAGAGCUGCCUUCGCAAGGAGUGCUGCCAUCGCAAGGAGUGCUGCAUUCCAAGGAGUGCUGCCUUCGCUAGAAGUGCUGCCUUCGCACAGAGGGCUGCCUUCGCAAGGGGUAAUGCCUUCGCAAGUACUGCUGCCUUCGCAGGGAGUACUGCCUUUGCAACGAGUGCUGCCUUCCAGUGAGUGCUGCCUUUGCAAGGAGUGCUGCCUUUGCAAGAAAUGCUGCCUUCGCACGGAGUGCAGCGUUCGCAUGGCGUGCUCCUUUUGCUCAGAGUGCUGCCUUCGCAAGGAGUGCAGCCUUCGCAAGGAGUGCUGCCUUCGCAAGGAGUGCUGCCUUCGCAAGAAGUGA